UAUAAAUUUAUAUUUCGGCUAAAAUCAUCGAUCAAAAUUUUCACGUAGAAUAAUUGAACAAAUAAAUUAAAAGAAAAAGAAAAAAUAAGUAAAAAUGGCUAAAUGCACGUUUGAAUAUUCAAAAGGUAAAGGUACUGGAGUGUCGGAGGCAAUUGGAAAUUGGGGCUUUUCGAACGAAGUUGCUAGUCCCGGCCAUGAACUAAGUAGAAUACAAUGUAUCUUGGAAAAAAUGGGGAAGCUGCGUGAUAAAUCAUUAUGCACUCCGGCUCCGAAAAAGAAAAGUUGCCUCUUCAAACCAGCUUCGUGUCAAUUGACACACCGCAAAUUGCCAGAACAUUACCCCUUAGUUUUAUACGGCUCGGUCAAUGAAGUGAUACCAUGUGCCGAUAGGAAGCUUAUCAGAAAGGACAAUAUUAUUCCCGCUUUGCACCGCAGCUACUGUUUGCAAGGAACUGAUAAAUGGUACAAAUGUUGGUCCUGUUACUAUCCACAACCAAGUUGUCCAGUCGCGUGCUCUUCCCAUGGUUAGCCAAGUAUAAUACCAUUUUAGUCGACAACUCGAAGAUGAGAAUGGAUAAAAAAAAAAAC